AUGCCCGGUAGGCAGCGGCCGCAGCUUGGGCGCUCGCGUGAGGUCGCGAAGAGCCGGCUGCUCCGCUGCCGUCAGGUAUGAAGGGCUGGGGUCUUGCAGCUGCCUCCUCCUCGCUCCAGCGCCAUGGAAUGCCUGCGGAGGUUGGCCCAGCUCCUGCCCCGCGCGGUGAGGUUGCCCCGGCGCACCCUGUGCGCUCUGGCCUUGGGCUUGACCCCCGGGACUCGCUCCGUUGCCGCCUGCGGCCGCGCCGCCGAACUGCUCGGAAGGAGGUGGGCCGCGCCGCUGUACGGGCCCCGCCGGCUCCCCACGGCAGGUGAAAUUCACCAGUUUAGAACUUCUGAUGUCUCUCAAGCCACUUUAGCCAGUGUAGCCCCGGUGUUUACUGUGACAAAAUUUGACAAAGGGGGAAAGGUUACUUCUUUUGAAAGGAAGAAAACUGAUUUAUAUCAAGAAUUAGGUCUUCAAGCCAGAGAUUUGAGGUUUCAGCAUUUAAUGAGUAUCACAACCAGAAACAAUAGGAUUAUCAUGAGAAUGGAGUAUUUGAAAGCUGUGAUAACUCCAGAGUGUCUUCUGAUACUAGAUUAUCGUAAUUUAAAUUUAGAGCAGUGGCUGUUCCGGGAACUCCCUUCACAGUUGGCUGGAGAGGGUCAACUUGUCACAUACCCUUUACCUUUUGAAUUUAGAGCUAUAGAAGCACUCCUGCAAUAUCGGAUCAACACUCUUCAGGGGAAACUUAGCAUUUUGCAACCACUGAUCCUUGAGACAUUGGAAGCUUUAGUGGAUCCCAAACAUUCUUCCAUAGACAGAAGCAAACUGCACAUCUUACUACAAAAUGGCAAAAGCCUGUCAGAGUUAGAAACAGAUAUUAAAAUCUUCAAAGAGUCCAUUUUGGAGAUCUUGGAUGAAGAAGAGUUGCUGGAAGAGCUCUGUCUGACAAAGUGGAGUGACCCACAAGUCUUUGAAAAGAGCAGUGCUGGGAUUGACCAUGCAGAAGAGAUGGAGUUGCUGUUGGAAAACUACUACCGAUUAGCUGAGGAUCUUUCCAAUGCAGCUCGGGAACUUAGGGCACUGAUUGAUGAUUCACAGAGUAUCAUAUUCAUCAACUUGGACAGCCACCGUAAUGUGAUGAUGAGGUUGAACCUACAGUUGACCAUGGGAACUUUCUCUCUUUCGCUCUUUGGACUAAUGGGAGUUGCUUUUGGAAUGAAUUUGGAAUCUUCCCUUGAGGAGGACCAUAGAGUGUUUUGGCUGAUCACAGGAAUUAUGUUUAUGGGAAGUGGCCUCAUCUGGAGGCGCUUGCUGUCAUUCCUUGGACGACAGCUAGAAGCUCCUUUGCCUCCUCUGGUGGCCUCUUUACCUAAAAAGACACUGCAGGCAGAUAGAAGGACGGAAAUGAAACACAGCUUCAGGCCGGAUGGACUUGAAUCAAGCAGGAGUGUCCUAACAAACCGUUAGGCACAACCCGGUGGAAACUGAAUUAUUUUUUUAUGGUAGUCACAGGAAAAUUCUGAUAUUCUUCUAUUAUUUUCGUUUGUAAGAGUCAGAGACUUGGGGAAAAAAAUCACUGACAUUUAAAUUAUAGUGUCUGAUGUUAAAAAUAUUAUGGCAGUCACAAUACUAGAACUUAAUUGCAUUUUCAGGAUUCUGAGUAAAGAAACAAAGCACUUGCUUUGUAAAAGGCCAAAGUUCUAUUUCCUACAAACUUAAGAAGCUGUUUUUAUAGACAUGUAAGGCACAGAGAGAUUAACUUAACACAAGAAUAGAUUGUGGUAUCAAUUUUAUUUAAUUUAUACAUGUCAACAAAAGUGCAACCUCAUGCCAAAUGAAGCCUGGAAACUUGACAAGCCCACAGUUACGAGACCAGGUAGCCAUAGUUCUUAGUACAAGGAAUCACAUUCUUGUGAAUUUCUCUCUCUCAGGUGACUGAAAAGCUAGCAGAAUAUAUAUUAACCUUAAAACAAACUCUGGGAGUUUGUGCUUUAAACCAGUCUUUGACAUAACCUUAUUUUCUUGUAUUUGCCCCCUUUUUAUAUGAGGAAUAAAAAAAAAGGAAAUGAGUUUAAUGUCAGCUUUAUAUAGAUUCCAGUUAAUCAGAAUUUUACUUCCUCAACCAAUGAAACUAUUUUUCUUUGCUUGACUAUAAUUAAAGCCUUUGGAAAUUGAGCUGAAAGAAAGAAUUUCCAUUCUAUUACUGCUUUAUAGCUGUUUUGGUCAUUGCCUUGUUUUUAGAACAGAUAGACGUGUCACCCCAAAAAGGAAAAUAUAUGUAGCCUAGUUAAUCUAUUUGCCUAUACCUCGGAGGUUGACAGAUGGGCUUCCUAAAACAAGAGGGUAGAUAAACUUUAAAAUUGUGAUACCUUUUUGUUUUCACAAUCAGAUUUGGGUUUAAAACAAAUGACUGAUAUUUGUAUGUCUCAAAGCUCCUAUCCUACUUAACAUCUUCUGCCUCUUUUAAUAUUGGGUUUAUAAACCCGAACGAACUUUUUGGCCAACCCAAAUUAUUUUCUGGAGGUUAAGUACAGUUAUGCAAUAGAACAUGACAGUUACAUUUGCCUCCAAAAGAUGCAUAGAAGAUUCUAGAGUGUUCAGCUCUUGCACUGCAAAUUUAGUUAUAAAAUAAAUAUGCAUACCCUGAUGAUGUUGGCAGAUACCUGAUACCCUAAUAUGUCAUAUGAAGGAGUUUAGGGGUCCAUUUACCAGGUGGUUUAGUGCUAGGAAUAAAAAUACUCUUCUAGUAGCUGAUUUGAAAGAAAACAAAGUUACAAUUAUUAAGUUUUCCCUGUUCCCAUUUCUGGUUAUGAGAGGACAUUAGAAUAGCAUGAAACAGGCUGGGCUUGUCUUGGAGCACACUUUACGGUGUGGUUGUUGGAAUGUGAAUAGCAUCAUACAUCUGUUUGAUGAUUUCCAAGAUAAAGUAUCUUUGACAAUAUUUAGAUUUCACAGGGCAGUCUUCUUUGGUACACCUCAGAGCACUCUGCUGCUAUUUUUGAUCUUAGGUCAUCACUGUAAAAUAAUGUAAUAAAUAUCACUUAACUGUGACAUAUGAAGAAUUGGAAGUCCAGAGGGCAAAUUUGAUUUGGUUAAGAUCAGGCAUAGCAUAGAAUUUUGGUCUUUUUUUCCUUCUGAUGUUGCUUAGUUUGUGGGCUUACAUAAUUUUUGAUGAGUCAUGUCGCAUCAAUAAAUGGGAAAAUAAAUGCACCUACCUCAUAAGUCUGAUAAA